GACUUUUCCUUCAUGUCUGAACGACGAUUCAAUAUACCAACCGUCGAGCAAAUCGAGCAACACAAGAGGAAAUCAAAAGCCACUAACUACUUUCAACAAGCAAAAGCUCUUGGAUCCGCUGAAGAUUCAGCAAGUGCUACUUCAACUCCCAAUGAAGCGAUCGAGAUCCCACCACAGUCAAACAGCUCCGCAGCACCAUCUAGCCGCACCGUUAGCGAAACCACAAGUCAGAACACGACUCCUCCACCGCCACCUGUGACCCCCGUAAGGCGUCUUGGCCCCAACACUAUACUCGUCAAUCAAGCUCAAAGGGGAAAUCCAAUUUUACAGCACGUCCGGAACGUGCCUUGGGAGUAUGAUGAUAUUAAAGCAGACUAUAUCGUUGGCCAAACUACCUGCGUUUUGUAUCUGAGCUUACGGUACCAUCGACUACAUCCUGAUUAUAUUUAUGAUCGGAUGGGCAAGCUAGCUCAUCAAUUUGUUUUGAGAAUAUUACUGGUGUUUGUGGAUAUUGAUAAUCAUCAAGACUCUAUCCGAGAACUUACAAAAUCAGCUAUAAUACAGAAUUUUACAAUCAUGCUGGCCUGGAGCCACGAAGAAGCUGGUCGAUAUUUGGAGACCUACAAGGCCUUUGAGGGCAAACCACCAGAUAUCAUCAAAGAGAAAUCAGUAGACGACUACAUGGCUAAGCUCACUGAAUGCCUAACUCAAGUGCGUACCGUCAAUAAGACCGAUGUCCUUACACUGAGAUCAACCUUUGGAUCCUUAAAUCGUAUCAUAAACGCUCCUACAGAAGCUCUGGCUUUGUGUCCAGGCUUUGGCGAACAAAAGGUCCGACGACUUCAGCAAGCCUUCACCCAACCUUUCAUUAUAAAUCCAAAGGGCAAUAAGCGUCAAAAGAAAAAUUAAUGGAAGGUAAUAUGGAGCAGUAACUGCUUGAAAGCAGAUCUACUGGUGUUUUCUUUCUUCUUUGGCCCUCGUUUCCCAUACCCUAUAUAAUACAUGAUAAC